AUGCUUCGUCGUCGAUCAACUAUUGUCAAUCUUAUUCAACCACCACGAAUCAGUGAUUCAAUAUCGACAAUGGGUGAUUUAACUGUUGAGUUAGAUUGUGGUGAUAAUUCUCAGGAAUACAAUUUUUCAACGUAUAUGAACGAUGCGUUAAAAUUAUUUCAUCAAUUUAUGCAAAAAAUCAAUCAGAUAAAACAUGUACAGUAUAUUCUUUAUCAUCUAUGUAUUGGAAAUCAAAUUAUUAUAAAAUAUUCGAGUAAAAUGAAAACGAAAGAAACAAUUCGACCAUUUAUCAGCUUACUCAGACUUUUACUACCAGAUCGUUCUUGUCGACUUGUUGAAUCAUCAACGUAUGUUUUGUCUUGUUCAGCGAAUAUUCUUAUCUUAGAUAGCGACGCUUCUAAAGUAUAUGAAAGUGAUAUACCAAUGAAUGAUAAUAAUAACGGCAACGAAUGUGUAGUAGUACUAAAAUUAAUUAUCGAUGAUGAUGAUAAAAAUAUUCUUAUGGCCAAAAUGGAAACACCGAUCAAACAUGAUUUCAUGGUACCAACCUAUAUUAAAACCGUGAUCGACUUAUUAUCUGAUACAACGAUAGAUGCAGAAGCUUUCGAAUCAGUUGUUGUUUAUCAUAAAAUGAAAUAUCUAAACAAAUCGAAAUUAUUAUUUCAGCUUGGUCGUUGUCGUUCAAGACAAAAUUGGUCUGAUAAACAAUUACUUGAAAUCUUAAAUUUAAAAACGUCAGCAGAUCUAGCAAUGUUUAUUCAUGAAAAUGAUAGCCUAAUUCAUCUGGGUAUUUGUGAUGAAACAAGUUAUGGUCCUGGACGAAGUGCUAGCUGUUUAAUAUUCAAAAAUUCACGUUUUAAACAAUCGAAUAAUGGUAUUAUUGAAACUCCUGAACAACCGGCCAUUGGACAGAUUAUUCGUUUCAAUCGGAUGAAGGUUCAAACCAAUUUUAAACCAUCAACAAAUCUGUUUCAAAUGAAAAUGUUAGAUCAUGGUUCAUGGUUAAUUUUCGAUGGUAAUAAUGAUAAUCCAAACGACUUUGAACCCAUUGAAAAAAGUUCAAACAAUUUUACGUUUAAUGAUGAUGAUAAAAAACAUAUCAAUGAUUUACGACAGUGGUUGUCUACGUUUGAUCGUAAUACAAUAGAAAAUGAUCUAGAUUAUCAGUUUCCAUUUAGUAAUCCUGAUCACGAUAAAAAUGAAGUUGAGAAUGGUGAUUGUGGAUCAGUGACGCAGUCGUCACAACAGCAGCCACAGACACCUAGUAAUAAUUCAUCAUCCUCACAGCAAUAUUUUCCAGCUGAAUUACCAAAUGAUGAAGAGGAAGAGACGGGUUCACAUAAACGAAUAAAAGUUAGUUAA